UACCAUUUGUCCUCUCGCCUCCCCUCAACCGACCAUCCUCCCUAGCAUCGCAUUUCUUAUCGACCAGAAUGAAUAACAUCAUUCCAUUGCUUCGUCUUGGUGUCUUGGUGGGUGCAUCGUUGUUAUCGCUCGGGCGUCUCUAGUCCCAUGUUCGAAAGGUGUUGACUAGGUUUUCAUGGCAUUUAGGCGCUGUCCUCCUCUUCGCCCUCAUUGUUCUGGGAACGGAUGCAUAUGUCGUCUCCAGUUUAACAAGAGCAUCACCGUAUUCGGCGAGACCUUGAAAUCCAGCGUACCUGCCUCGAACUCGCUUGGUGUCGCUGUUUCUGUGAUUACUUUCGCUACACUUGGCCCUCUUCUUGGCAUCAGCCUUGCCCGCCAGGGAGCUGCCAUUUCAAUGGUCGUUGUUGAGCUUUCUGUCGUAUUUGUUCUUUGGGUUCUAUGGCUUACCGUCGGCGGUUACACUGCUUCUCAAUGGUCCGGAUGCGACAGUUUGGGUCUUGAUUCAGCAGUUAGCACUCCAUGUGGCUGCUCCAGGGCCGCUGCUGCGUUUGGUUUCCUCUCUUUCUUUGCCCAGGCAACCCCAACAUCUGGACAACGCCUGUGACCGAAGCAGAUUUCUCUGAGAAGCCCGUCCAGCACCACCUUGCACCCCCUGGUGGCGCGUAUCCUCCUCAGCAACCACAGUACCCUCCCAACGUG